UAGCAAUAAAGAAAGCAAUUAGAUUAAUUGUAAUUGAUUGAUCAUGGCAAUUGAAGCAAUGAUCCACACCCUCUUCACUUUUGCUUUGCUCUUCUCCUCUGUAGUCCAUGCAGCCACAUUUGUUGUCAAAAACAAUUGUCCACAGACCAUAUGGCCCGCAACACUAACCAGCGGCAGCGGACAAUCCCAACUCUCCACCACUGGAUUUCAGUUGCUUUCUGGAGCGUCGAGGAGCGUAGAUGUGCCUGCGCCGUGGACGGGUAGGAUCUGGGCUCGAACGCGCUGCUUCGUCGAUAGCUCUUCAAGAUUUUCCUGCGAAACUGGAGACUGUGCCUCCGGCUCCAUUUCUUGCAAUGGCGCAGGAGGAAUUCCACCCGCCACACUGGCCGAGUUCACAUUAGCCCCCAAUGGAGGCAUGGAUUUCUACGACGUCAGCCUCGUCGACGGCUUCAACCUGCCGGCUUCCAUAGCCACAGUGGGUGGAACAGGAGAAUGCCAAUCCACAGCUUGUUCUGCAAAUGUAAACGGGGUUUGCCCAACGGAGUUGCAAGUCAGGUCAGGAGAUGGGAGCGUGAUUGGGUGUAAGAGCGCAUGCCUUGCGUUUAAUGAACCACAGUAUUGUUGCACCGCUGAAUUCAACGACCCCAGCAAGUGCGCUCACAGCCAGUACUCGUUGAUCUUCAAGAACCAAUGCCCUCAGGCUUACAGCUACGCUUAUGACGACAAAACCAGCACCUUCACAUGCAGCGGUUCGCCCAAUUAUGUUGUUACCUUCUGCCCGUAACCAUAUAACAUAAAAUCUCUUUCGUUUCCUUUCAUAAUUAUUCUAUAUUUUACUGCAGUGAAUAAAAUUGUACUAUAUGUACUCAUCGGUGGAAUAAAUUUCAAGUUAUAAUAUAUGAAUAAUACAAGUUGAAUGUAA